CGCAAGUGCUGUCGUGGACGCGAAAUUCUUCCUAUCUCUUGUGACAGAUGAUUACAUGAAAACAUGACGAUGUGUACAGCUGUCGCAUAACAGAUUUUACCCUUCUGAAACAAAAUGUCCAGUCCAGUAACACUGGACUUUUUAUCCACUGAAUUCACAGUCAAGCCGAUCCUACUGACGUGAAGAUGGGGAAUAUUGAGGCUCAUGACUUCGCCCCAGUUAGAGCUGAUGAAAGAAAAGAGCUCAACCUGAGCAAGAAGAUAUCUUAUAAGCAGUUCUGUAAACAUUUGAAAGGUGAAGCACACGAGUCGAUGUUAACAGAACUGCCAUGGGGCAUACGGGAUUCUGUGUCUCUGUACGAGAAGAUGAACGUAUCCUUCAACGCCAUCUCCGAGCUACCACCAGAGUUACCGUUGCGUCUACCGCAUCUGUCACAUAUAGAUCUCAGUUACAACAGACUCCAGACAUUGCCAGAGAGCUUUGGGCUUCUUUUCCAUCUCCGAACUCUGUUGCUUAGUAACAAUGUUCUUCGAAGUCUUCCAGAAUCUUUUGUACAUCUAGUAAAACUGGAAUGUAUUGAUCUGUCUCACAAUCAACUUAAGGAGCUACCUGAUGAAAUGGGGAAUAUGGAAGCUUUGUCCAAACUCAAUGUGUCCAACAACAAAUUAAAACUCCUACCAUUAUCUCUCGGAGCCAGUAAAACAUUGACUUUGCUCAUAGCAAACGGAAACAAGCUUGAGUCCCCUCCUCAAGCUAUUUGCAGUGAGGGGUCAAAAGAGACAUUACAUUUUCUACGGAAACUUUAUAAAGUUUCAAUCAUUGAUGUGCCAAAAAGACCUUCAACUCCACUGAAUGUGUUCCCCCGAGUGCGGGGCAACCAGUUGCAGAGUUCUGUGAUAAAUCCCCAUUCUGCCCAGAUACAGUACAUACAGGAGCAGACCGAUACCACCAAUACACCUAUGCGGAUCAAGACUCCUCUGUUGCCCCCGUACGGGGCCUCUGAACUGGAUGCCUUCCAACUGAGAGAUAGAAUUAUAGGUGUCAUCUAUGGUGCUGCAAUAGGUGAUGCUAUCGGCGUGGCAACCAGGUGGAUGUCCCCGGAUGAGUGUGACUUCUACUACAGCAAAGACAGCAUCAGCUACAUGGACAUCGUUCACGAUGAGCAUCGUGUUCGAUGGAGGAAGGGGGACUGGACUAGCAACUUUGAUGUCUUUAUGCUUGUGAUGGAGUCUGUGUUGUCCUGGGGCGGAGUUGUGGAUGAACUGGACUUUGCCAAAAAGCUGCGGGACUGGUCAAAGAAAGGCUUCCCUGAGCUAGGAGACUCUGAGGGUGUGGUCCUCAGUGAAACUGUCCAGAAAAUCCUGAAACACAAAGCGUUUGUGGAGGACCCUCAUGGUACGGCUGUCAGGAUACUGACUGAGGAACUGCCUGUGGAGAAUGGGUUUGACUUCAGUGACACGGAGAGCCUGUUUGACGAGGAUGUGUGGAAACAACAGCCACCCAGACAAGCCAACCCUGAUCUCCGCAGCUUCAGUACGGCCUCCGUCAGCGUGUGUGACCACUUUGGUACAGACAAUGGUGCUAUUAUCAGGACAGCUAUCCUUGGUGUCCCGUUCUUCCACAACCUGGGGGAGGUGACGGAGAACGCUGUCAGAAUCUGCCGAGCCACACAUUCAGACAGUCGAUGUGUGGCCAGCUGUGUCGUCAUCUCUGUCGUCAUAGCAAUGCUGUUACAGGGGAGGCAACUCGAGCCAAAGGAUAUUCUGGCCCAGGCGAGUAAAUGUGGCCUACAGUAUCUGUCGGAUGAUGAACUCAGAGACGAGAUGAUGACACAGAUCAAUAUAUCAGACAUAGGAAGCCUGAAGACAAAUGAGUCAAACAGAAUGAGCCACACCUACAAGCCUCUAGCAGCAGCCAUGUUGGCUCUUCACACACAAGACAGUUACAGGGAGUUUGUGAUGAAGCUGAUUCACGAGGCCGGUGACAGCAACAGCAACACCUGUGUGGCAGGGGCGGUGCUAGGGGGGAGGGUGGGCUACUCUCACCUCCCAGCUGACUGGAUACAGGGGCUACGAAAGAAACAGACCAACUGGCUCAACACCAAGAUCAACGCACUGCUGGACAUGAUGGGGAUUCCAUGAUUUGUCACUUACAUUGUUUACCUCAAAGACAAACUUCAUUCUCAUUAAUGAAACACUGUUAAUCUGGCCAGCCAGUCGAGGUUCUGUGAAGAGUUGUGGCCCUUACAUGUGCCAGAAUCAAGUUAUUGUGAUUCAUUAUGAACGGUGAAACCAGUGUAGGUGUUGUGAAGAGUUGUGGCCCUUACAUGUGUCAGAAUCCAGUUAUUGUGAUUCAUUAUGAACGGUGAAGCACUGUUGACCUGGACAGCCAGUGGAGGUGCUGUGAAGAGUUGUUUCCCUUAUGUGUGCAAGAAUCCAUUGAUUGUGAUGCAUUAUGAACAGUGAAGCCCUGUUAACCUACACAGCCAGUGGGGCGGUGGGGUAGCCUAGUGGUUAAAGCGUUGGCUCGUCACCCUGAAGACCCGGGUUCGAAUCCCCACAUGGGUACAAUGUGUG